AUGGCACCUUCAGCAACUGACGUUGAGGGCAUCGACGAGACCGUCUUGACCCUCCGCAAGGUCCUUGUCUCCGAAUCUGAGCCCCUCGCUCGGCGGUUCCGCGCGCUGUUCUCUCUUAAGCACCUGGCUUGCCUGCAGCCUGCUACCGAAAAGACUCUUCCCGCUAUCCAAGCGAUCGCCGCCGCUUUCGCAUCUCGGUCAGCCCUUCUUAAGCACGAGCUUGCAUACUGCCUGGGUCAAACUCAGAACCGCGACUCCGUCUCGUACCUGCAACACGUUGUGAAAGAUGUUGAGGAGGAUGCGAUGUGUCGCCACGAGGCUGCUGAGGCUCUCGGUGCUUUGGGAUAUCCCGACAGCUUGGACCUUCUGAAGAAGUUGCGGGAUGAUGAGAAUGAAUUGGAAAUUAUCCGCGAGACCUGUGAUAUUGCAGUUGACCGCAUUCUGUGGGAGAACUCCGAGGAGAAGAAGGCAGAGAAACUCAAGGCUAGUGACUUCACCUCUAUUGACCCUGCACCUCCCAUGCCUAUGCAAACAAACGAGCCCUCCAUCCCCGAUUUGGAGAAGACAUUGCUGGAUACAAAGCUUCCUCUCUUCCAAAGAUACCGGGCUAUGUUUGGCCUUCGUGACCUUGCUUCACCCCCAGAUCUCCCCACAGCAGUCAGUGCCGUGAACGCGCUGGCCAAAGGUCUCAAGGACCCCUCUGCUCUUUUCCGUCAUGAAGUCGCCUUCGUUUUCGGACAGCUCUGCCAUCCCGCCUCCAUUCCUUGCCUUACAGAAUGCCUCGGCGAUCUGCAAGAGGUUGGUAUGGUGCGGCACGAGGCCGCCGAGGCGCUUGGUAGCUUGGGCGAUGAGGAGGGUGUGGAGGACACCUUGAAGAAGUUCCUAAAUGACCCCGAACAAGUGGUGCGGGAUAGUGUGAUUGUGGCGCUUGACAUGGCAGAGUUUGAGAAGAGUGGCCAGGUUGAGUAUGCGCUGGUGCCCGAUGGAAAUGCUACUGCAGUUCCUGCGGCAUAA